GUUGUGCUGCUAUAGCAACGGGACGCCAUGGGGCUGGACUACUACGCCGUGCUGGAGCUGGAUCGCGGGGCCACCGCCGACGACAUCAAGAAGGCUUAUCGGAAGUUGGCCCUGAAGUACCACCCAUUAAAAUGCAAGGAGCCCUGGGGGCCGAAGAGGUUCCAGCAGCUGGCAGAGGCCUACGAUGUGCUCAGCGACCCUAUGAAGAAAGGCAUCUACGACAAAUUUGGGGAAGAGGGGCUCAAAGGUGGCAUCCCCUUGGAGUUGGCGAGUGACAACCCUUGGAGCGUCGGAUACGUGUUCCACAACAACCCUGAUAAAGUCUUCAGGGAGUUCUUUGGAGGGGACAACCCCUUUGCAGAGUUCUUUGCUGAGGAUGGCUCGGAGGUGCUGCUGCCCUUUGGAGGGCCCCGAGGCCGGGGGGCCCUGCGGCGGGACCCGCCCAUCGUGCGGGAUCUCUACGUGUCCCUCGAGGACCUGUUCCAUGGCUGCACCAAGAAGAUUAAGAUCUCCCGCAGGGUGAUGAACGAGGAUGGGCAGACAAGCACCAUCAGGGAUAAGAUCCUAACGAUUGAUGUACAGCCGGGAUGGAAGCGAGGCACCAGGAUCACCUUCGAGAAGGAAGGAGACCAGGGCCCUAACAUCAUUCCAGCUGACAUCACCUUUGUUGUCCAGGAGAAGCUUCACCCCAGGUUCAAAAGAAUCGACAACAACCUCCUUCAUGUUGCCAGCAUCCCCCUGUCAAAGCAGGCGCUGACUGGAUUCACCCUGGAUGUGUGGACGCUGGAUGGGAGGCUGCUGAACAUCCCCAUCAAUGACAUUGUGGACCCCAAGUACUACAAAAUGGUGCCAGGGGAGGGAAUGCCGCUGGUCCAGGACCCCCAGUGCAAGGGGGACCUCUACAUCUACUUUGACAUCCUCUUCCCCAAAAGGCUCAGCCCUGAGGUGAAAACACUCUUGAAAAGCAUCCUCCAGCCCUAGGGACAGUGACCUUCCCCCUCUCCCCCUCCCUUAUUUCCCCCCCCAAUAAAGCUUUGGAGCCAGCA